CGCUCGCGUUUGACGUCGCAUUUUCAGCUUGCGUUUCACGCGUGGAUUGGGCAGGAAAUCAAAAGUGAUCACGUCGCGACGCGUCGACUAAAAGAGGCGGGAAGCAAGUACAGUGUGAGAAAAUCAAAAGCAAUCCUGUGUGCGAGUCGGUAGUAGACGUGACGAACGUUCGCUAGUGCGUUUGUUUUCGAUAGCCGCCAGUGCACGAUAUCAGGGCCCGCAACCGGAACGUAAAGUGCAGCCCAAUAACCACACUAGCUCCCUUAUUCCGCCUCACGGAUUGCGUGUGUGUCCAACGGUAGGUGGAGCGAGAGAACAACGGGCGGUGCGGACGUUGUUCUACACCGUGUGGCCGCAAUAUUGUGCGCUAGCCGUUCUUUAACUGUGUGUGCGCGCGUAUCUUGCGUUGCCGUUGUUGAAGCGCACGGGGUGACGAACGCAGGGUGAAAAGUGAAAAAUAUGUCGGAACCGAACGCGAAGCCGGCCGAGGAAAUGUCGCCGAGUGAAGUAAAAACACCGACGAAACGUACACCGAAAAGAAAGGCGGAGGCGUUCCAAAAGGAGAGCGAAGCGCUACUCAAAAAUCUCGGCGUCACCGUCGACCUAGAUGAUGGCCGUCGUCGGACACGUUCAAGUUCUCGUGCUGUCACAGCAACGCCACCAACGACACCGGCAACACCGCCAGCUAAGCGAGCUCGUGGCGCGGCGACACAGCCAAAGUCACCAUCACAAGCUUUGGACGAAACGCAAAAAUCAAAGGCAACGCCGAAAAAGCGUGAACACGUGGUGGAACCGCGAAAAAUUGUUCUGGAAAAAGAUCAACCGAUUGAAGAGAGCCAGCCCGAGGCGAACACAAGCAGUGCACCAGCAGCAGAAAAUUCGGUUGAGAAAAUGGAUGUUAGCACAGUACAGCAGCAGGCAAAGUCCGGCAAACCGGAGGGACAGGUGGGUGCGACGGCCAGCGACGUAGCUGAGGAACGGAAAGCCGAUGAUACUAAAGUGCGGGAAGUGGACACGAAGGACGAAGCCGAUGCCACUAGCAAAACCACCGAGGCGCCAUCGGCAGAAGUGAAGAAGGACGAGGAACAUCAAAAAGAUGCUAAACCGCAGAAGAAGAACGACGAACCUCCAGCGGCGGAUGGCGUGAAGGAAUCCGUUGUGUCUGCUGCGGAAGAACCGAUGGAGGUAGAUGGUGGAAGUGGUGAAAAGGCAGUUUCCACCAGCGAAGCAACGGCUAACGUUACUGCUGGCCCCGUAAGGGUAGAAUCUACUGAUAGUUCGGCUACCGAAGAAAAUCAUGAAAAUUCCACCGACUCAGUGAAGCAAGAGGAAAGGCCAAAGGAUUCCAACACAACCACCGACGGAGUGACUAAGGAAGAGGUUAAAGUGGUUGAGACGAAAGUUGUGACGGCCACUAACGUGGUUGAGAGCAAUGGUGAAGUAAUGAGCCACCCGGAAGACACAGUGCUCAAGACGGCGAAGGAAGAUGUGAACUCUACGAUGGCAGAGGUGGUCGAUGGACCGGAGAAGAAAGCAGAAGAGCAAUCAGCGCCUGUCGUCGGGAAGGAGCCACCAGCAGAAAAUACUAAGGCAGUAUCUGUCCCAACUGUAGCGCCGCUAGACGUAACAAGUAGCACGGUCGUAGAGAUUGAUGACAACUCAUCGAACGAGGACACUGUGCCGAUCGUGAAAAGCGUAGAUGUAGAUUGUGCACCUAAAGAAAACAGCGUUGCGGACAAGGUGAAUUCAAAUGUGGAACCUAAGAUUGUUGCAAACGAACCGACGGCCGUGGAAGCAGCACCUGCGGCACCGUAAGCAGAGCACUUAUCAUCGUCACCAAUUUGUUUCAAUUCACCCCCGGUUUUUGAAUACUUUUGUUUGUAGUUUGUUUCGUAAGAAAAGCAACGUAGCAAGAAAAUGCUUGAAAAGAUAGGCCAUGUGAACUAGACGAAGAAAUUUUGCAAGCCAACAGAAUAGGAACGAGAAUAGGGCAGAGAGACGAAUCGAGUGUGAGAAAGAGAGAGAUAGAAAGAAUGCAAAAUGGACGGAUUUCUUAUUAUAAAGGUUGUUGAUCGAUUAAUUCUACUUUUCGCGUGCAGAUUCAUCGACGUUAUACAUGUUGUCAAAACGUUGGAAAUAAUGUUUGAAAAAAGCAUUUCGCCUCCAGACAUGAUGUAUGAACGAAUCCUUUUUUCUUUUGUUUGAUCUAUUAACUAUAAUUUUGCAUACCUGUUUGUCCUCUGGUACGCCACGAUGCCGUAUAUGCCUAUUUUGGAAGGUAAGAGGUAAUAAAAGCAAUCCAAAUUAUGAACUACUGUUUCAUCAUAGUAACGCCGAAUGAUGAUUCUUACCGUUUCCGAUUCGUAGUAGAGGCACCUCAAACCCAAUCAACAUGUUCGUACCAAUAUUUUGAAUUUAAGGAGAACAAAAAAAAUAAAUGAACUACAAAAUGGUUGAAAUUUGUCGUAGACCUCAAAUUACGAGUGACUCAUGGUUAGAGUACAAAAAGGAAUGUAACCAGAAGGAAGAAAGCAAAUAUUUACAACUUUAAAGAUGAUGAAUAUCAUAAAAUCCAUAUAAAUGCCCGCAGCCAAGCUUGUCGGUUAAGAGUAAGAGUUUCGGAAUCUGCACCAGACACAGCCAGCCGAGUCGAGCCGAGAAGCACUCAGAGUAGGUGGCAGUGAUGACGGUUAAAAGAAGUGAAUUGAAAGUAUACGUUUCCGCACGAUAUCCUUAUUUUCCUUACGUCUCAGAGAACUAGCGGAACGGGCUGAGUUCUGUUUUUUUUCGUUUACUUCGUUCGUUUACAUCUUUUCCCUAAGUAAUCAUACCAAGAGGCAGAAUCAAAAACCAAAGUGUAACGAAAGCGAAAGGAAAGAAAGAUAGCGAGUAGAGUAUCUUUUGUUCUCGCUCGCUCGCGUGUGACACUUUGAAGCAAGGAUCGGUGUUGACUAUGUAGAAUCGUUUCCUUUUUUCUAGUUAUGGCCAUCUUAGAUUAGAGUUUGUCGUUAUUAAGAAGUUGGUACGCCAGCACGAAAAUAACGCUCUGCACCCUGUAAACAGAAUGAGAGGUGUGCACAGAAAAACAGGGUAGUAAUAAUAUAAAAAUGUUGUUACAUUUUUCGACUACAUUCAUCAGCAACAGAUAGGCCAUAGAACGGUGAACAUGUGUUACAAUAUCGGUCUCGUUAUAUCAAGUCAUCUUUUUCAUCUGUUUGGACGGACGGAAUCCGCUAGGACCGGUUUGCUUCUUUAUCGUUGCCUUAGCGCUCGCGGUACAUUUGUUUUAGGAAAGCGAGUGCGAGCGAGAUGGCAAACGCCGUUGUGCAGUGUGGCGCUGCGCACACGUGUGGUUUCGGUGGUUCUUCAACGUUGUACAAAAGUUGUUAAACGGACUCCCAAUCCAUCAGUACUAUUUACACACGGAGCAAAUAAGAAAUCAGUGCAGUAGGCGGUAACUUAGGGCCGGCGAUGCAUCCAAAACUUCAAAACAACACUAACACCACGUACAACUGGCAAUCGAUUCUAUUUUAUAAUCUGUACAAUGUUCACUGGUAAGAAUAAAGAAGAUUACAAAUGUG